UUCCAGGUCGACAGGUGGCGCUAGAGUGUGACGGCACUCUAACUAUCCAUGAAGAGAAGAAAACACAUACGCUAGUUUACACGACACACGUGUUAAACAGAAACAUGGGCAAAAGAAGGCGAGGAAAUCAAGAGAUUACCAAUUUAACUAAGAAACAGAAGAAACAUCUAAAAGAAUUUGGAGAACAGCACCCUUUUCACGAUAAUGUUGUUGAUAGACCGGAGAAGACUCAGAUUUUGCGCUUGCCUGACAGUCCACAGCACCCUGAACAUGACAGUAAGGAAGACAGUGAUGAAGAGCAGCUGUCUGCUUAUCAGAAACUGCUGACCACCAUGAUCCAAGGUGCUGAUGACAACAGUGAAGAUGAAGAAAGUGACGGUGAGGAUGACGGAGAGGAAGUUGAAGGAGAAAGUGAAGAAGAAGAGGAGGAGGAGGAGGAGGAAGGUAAUGAUGCUGAGGAGGAUUUAGAAGAAGAGGAGGGUGGAACACCUGAUAAUUCACAAAAUAAAGAGCACCCUGAAAAGACAAAGGGAGAUAUAGAAGAGAAUGAAAAGGUUGAGACGGAGGGAGAAUUUACAGAUAAGAAGAAUGAAGCUGCAUUCUGUCUGGAGACCAACCUGCCUGCGGAAGGAGAGGAAAACAUGGGAGCGCAGGAGGAGGAAGACGUAUUUGCGAAGCACCAGGAGACUGAACUGAGUGAAGAGGAAGUGGGACAAAUCUUGCAAGGAUCAAAGAUCAAGUCUCAGGUUAAGUGGCCAAAGCUGGGCACUCUGCAGUGUAUGUGUCCAUCGGAACAUUUCCCAGCCGUGGGGCAGCCCUCUUCUGCCCCUCUUCCAACCAUCCACAAAACCCUGGAGGCAAAUUGGUGCUUGUUAAACCAGUCUUUUGCACCUGAAGGAGGCGCUGUGACAGAUGUUACAGAGCUGCAGAAGGAAUUGCUUGGGCUCAUGGGUACUUACAGGGAUGUGCAUUUUACAAACAGCUCUCCCUUGAGGGAGGCCAAGGAAGUGCGGAGUGCGUACUGUCUCCAUGUGCUAAACCAUGUGUUAAAGGCAAACACUCGUGUGCUUAGAAAUAAUGCCAAGUUGAAGGAAACUAAAGAUGUGAAUGAGGAGUUUCGGGACCAGGGCAUUACUAGACCAAAGGUUUUGAUUCUGGUGCCGUUCAGAGAUGGAGUGCUGCGAGUGGUCCAGACCUUCAUAACACUUUUAGAGCCUAAAGGCAAGAAGAUGGAUGUCAGUAACAAGAAGAGGUUUAAGGAAGAGUAUGGAGAGGAGCCAGGUGAAAGUCCGCCCAAACUGCACAGACCUGAUGACUACCACGCUGUCUUUUCUGGAAAUACAGAUGACCAUUUCAGGAUAGUAUUAUCCUUUAGGUUCCAGUUCUUUGUGGAUAAGAUCCUGCCCCAGUACAGAGACUCUGUCAUGUCCCACACUUUCAUCUAUGUGCCAUCGUAUUUUGAUUUUGUUCGUCUGCGGAACUACCUGAAGAAGGAAGAUGUCAGUUUCGCUAGUGUCAGCGAGUACUCACAGAGAUCAGAGGUGUCUCGAGCACGACAUUACUUCCAGAAAGGAGAAAAACAGUUUAUGCUUUUCUCUGAGAGAUUCCACUUCUACAAGAG